AUGAAGCAUAGAGCUGCAACUAAUAGUUUAAAUCAAAAGGAGAACGAGAAAUACAUUGGGAAUCAAUAUGCCCUCAAGUCCAGACCACCCUUGCAAUAGGAAUUACUGAUGAACCUGAAGAAUCAACAACUGAAGAAUUUAGAUGCAAUUAGUUAAAUUCUACAAUCGAAAUUUUGUAAAGUAGAGAAACGAGACAAUGUUGAAUACUUCAAAUUUGAUUUCAAGCAACAGAACAUUUGUGAUCGAGUGAAGUUCUUAAUCAAUCAACCAGACGAUGAUACAAAUAAAACUGAAUAAUUCAAGGCAUAAUAUAAGGUGGGUAGUCGAAUAGGUCAAGGUGCAUAUGCUGCAGUGAGAGUUGCUAUCCAAAUAGAGAGUGAUACAAAAGUGGCAAUAAAAAUAUAUGAAAAAACUAAGAUUAAAGAUUUGCAGAGGAGGAAAGGAGUGAGAAGAGAAAUUGAAAUAUUGGAGAAAUUAGAUCAUCCGAAUAUUGUUAAGAUCCUAGACACAGUGGAAUCAAAUAACCAUGUGAAUAUAAUAUUGGAAUACGUUAGCGGUAGUUCAUUACACCAUUUGGUUAGAAAGUAACCGGAACGAAGAUUGGAAGAGGAAAUUGCCAAAGGAAUAUUCAAAUAAAUUCUAGAUGCAAUUCAAUAUUGUCAUUCCAAGAACAUUGCACAUAGAGACAUCAAAUUAGAAAAUAUCUUGUUAGACGGACUUACUCCUAAAUUGAUAGAUUUUGGAUUUUCAACUUCUUUUCCCAUUGAUAAGAAAGUCAAAAUGUUUUGUGGCACUCCAAGUUACAUGGCUCCAGAAAUAGUUACAAGAUAAGAAUACAGAGGAGACAAGUCAGAUGUCUGGGCAUUAGGAGUUGUGCUAUUCACUAUGCUCUAAGGAGUAUUUCCAUUUAAAGGGGACACUGAUUAAGAAUUGUAUAGUAGAAUCCAAUCAGGAGAAUUUACCAUCAUUCAUGAUAUAUCCAAAGAAGCUAUUGCAUUAUUGUAUGGGAUGUUGACCAUUGAUCCAGAUGAAAGACCAACUGUUGUGGAAUUGCUGAAUUAUCCAUGGUUUAAAAAAUAUCAAUAAAAUUUGGAAACAGAAGAACUCAAGAAGAAACAUAAAUUGCCUGAAGAUUUAAUUGAAGAUCUCAAUACAAUCACCAAAAAUAUGUCCUAUAUUACUCCUACUAGUUAGAUUAAGCAACAGUUUUAUUUUGAUUUCUCUCAUCUUAAAAACAACUCCAAAUAAAAUAAUACUAAAGCUAUCAUUCCAAAACCUAGUUAUUUCACUACUACAAAUGCUUAAGCCAAACAAAGAGAACCUCAGUUUUUUAAAGUUGAUAGAAUUCUUACCAAAAAUGAACGACACACCACCACUCAUUCCAAAGAAAGAUAACCUACACUAUCUAAAGAAAGACAAUCAUCUUAUAGUUUUGAAUCUAGUAGAGGUUUAUCUUAGAAAAAGAAUCCUCACUAAUUGACUGUUCAUCCUAGUUUCAUUCCAAGCGAAAAGAGUUUCAACUCUGUCAAGAGUCCAUCAGUAGGUAUGACAGAAAAACGUUCUUUCAAUUUUAUUUAUAAUUGA